GUCUUGAAAAUGGUAAAUUUAAACAGUGAUGUUGGUGACCAGGAACAAACACCUUGCAGUGACCCACAUUGUCUCUGUUGAUCAGAUGGUUUCAAUUAGUGUUACCUAAGAGCCAAGAAUAGUGUCACUCAAAUAUUUGCCAAACUGAUGAUUUGAAAGAUAUGCGUACAACUUUUUUCUUUUACUCAGAAUAGAGUAUUGACUUCUACAGCACCCAUUUUUUCUGAGGCUAGGGAGGAAGAAAUUAAAAUAAUCCCUGCAACAAGUGCAAAGAAUGGUUAUUCCUUUAUAGAUGAUGGAAAAAAUAAUAAUUAGAACAGCAGAAGAGGUUUAACCUUCUACCAAGGAGCCAUCUGCUCUUCCAGGUAUUUAUAGGACGGUACCCUAUAGCUGUUGACUCAAACACUUUUGACAAGCAAUAACCAGCCAAGCUUCCCAACUCUUUUGAGAGACCCAAGUUCCUGGGAGACAGAGUGUGGUCAUGUCAUCAGCUGACUUCCUGUACCAAGAUAACUUCACUGACUACUUUGAGAAUUUUGAAGAAGAUCAACCACCCCAGUCCUACCUCAGUUAUGCACAAAUUGCUUCUCUUGUGUUACAGAUGGUGGCUUUUCUCUUAGGAGUACCUGGCAAUGCAAUAGUUAUCUGGAUCAUGGGCUUCAAAUGGAAUAAGACAGUUACUUCCAUCUGGUUCCUCAACUUGGCAAUUGCAGACUUAAUAUUUGUCUUUUUUCUGCCUCUUUAUAUUGCAUAUGUCAUCAUGGGCUUCCACUGGCCCUUUGGGAAAUGGUUGUGCAAAGCAAAUUCCUUUAUUGCCUUGCUCAACAUGUUUGCCAGUGUCUUCUUCCUGACAGCAAUCAGCCUUGACCGCUAUGUCCAUCUGAUCCACCCUGCCUUCUCCUAUAAACAUCGGACACUCAGGAAUGCCUUUAUCCUGAUUCUAUUCAUUUGGAUUUUGGCCACAGUUCUUGGAAGCCCAGCACUGUAUUUCAGAGACACCCUUACAUUACCAAAAAAUGUCACCAUAUGCUAUUACAACUUUCACCCACAUGACUUUGAUCUUAUUGUACUCAGACAUCAUGCACUUACGUGGGUAAGGUUCAUUUGUGGCUACCUCUUUCCUCUCUUAACUAUGAUUGUUUGUUACUCCCUUCUGAUCAGCCAGGUUAAAAAAAGUGCAUUAUUAACCUCCAGCAGGCUCUUCUGGACUAUUCUCAUUGUUGUUGUGGUUUUUUUUGUUUGCUGGACCCCAUAUCACUUAUUUAGCAUUCUGGAAUUGUCAGCUCAUCAUACUGCCUCUUUGCAUGAUUUGCUUCAGGAUGCUGUCCCUCUUUCUGUUGGCUUUGCCUUCAUGAAUAGUUGCCUGAACCCCAUCCUUUAUGUCCUUCUCAGUAAGAAGCUCUCAUCCUGUUUUAGUGUGACAUUCUCAGAGCUGGUCAAACACACUCUGUGGGAAGUCAGCCGAUCUGCAACAGUGAGCGAUCAUGUGCAGAAUUCCAUGAUUCUGCAGUUGACUGAAGCCCCAGAGAUAAAGCAGCCUCUGGAGGAAAUCUUGCAGUGACUGCAUCUCUCUUUGCAAACUACAUUCAAUUUGGCACCAGAUUAACAUCUGUCUGGGGACAAAUAUGUACAUGAGCUUGGUAGAUAAGUUUUUUUACAGGCUCUCUUAAGUACCUCUGCUUUUUGACAGGGCUCUCAGAGUUUAUGUGCCUCUCUUAACUCCUGGCUAUCACGAUGCUGCAGACACAAAAACAGUCCCCAUCCCAAGUCUGCUAACCCAUCAUUUCAAGGGGUUUGGAUGAUUCUAAUCAGCCAAAUAGUGAUGAACAUUGUAUUUAAUGGGACUUGGAUCAAUGUGAGUGUAUGGCUGAAGGUCCCGACACAUUGCUUGCAGGUAUAAUAACUCAAAGCUUCUGCAGUCUGUCUUUCUCACUGUUCAUCCUUUAGGAGUUAGAAGGGAGCAGUCUCAGACUGGAAAAGUACAGCAAUCUGAGAAUAAUCUUUGCUUUCCUUUCAGUUUCAACUGUGUGAAUUUUUCAAGGCUGAGAUUAAAAACGUUUAGAAAGGGAAACACACACAAGAAGAAACAAAAAGACGUUUUGUAGAAACGUAAGAUUUUGAAGCAGAUUCUGUGUCAUAGUAUUGCCUUAUUUUUAUCAUUCUUCAAAAUAAAAAGGGUAUCAGUGGGGAUCUCAGCGCAGGCUCUAGUCCUGUGCUAUAUAUGUAUGAGGAAGUCUUAGUAUAAUUACUUUCUCCUUUGCUGCCUAAAAUGCACUAUCUUACAAUAUUUAUAGUAAUACUCUCUGUUAUGCUUCUGGCACAAAUGAAAAUGUACAAUGUAAGCACAAUUUCAUCUCUUUUUUGUUACUGUUGUUGCUAGGAUAUAUACGUUUACAUAUCUUAAAUGAGUUUUAUGUUACUGCUUUCAGGGAGGCACCUGAAUUAGUAAUCUUGCUAACAAGUUAUCUCAAUGAUUAAUACAGCUUGUUAUUUUAUGUACCACUAGAGCUGCACAUAAUGUUAACAUUUUGCAGGGCAGCCCAUGAUUAAAGUGAGACAUUUAUACAUGAAGUUUGUGGGCCAUUAAAAGGUUUACACUCACCAGAAUCCAUGGGAAUAUUUGUAUUUUCAGAAAGAAGCAGCAGCCUAGCAACUUUUAUAAUGUAACAGAAGAAAAAUGGGAUUCAUAAAUAAAGAAAUGGGGGCUUUUAAAAUUCAAGGAGUCAUGCAAUGAAGAUAGAUGUAAUCAUAAGCAAUUAGAAAAUGGCUUACAAUGCCACUACCACUCAUGGCUUUCAGAUCAGACUCAUAGCACUGUGAAAUUUCUUCAGACUGACUAAUUCCCCUGUUCACUGGAUAAUUCUUGCCUAUAUUCCACAUCUGCUUGACCUUCCUUUUGGGGGCAUUUCCAUACUAAUGUUGCUCCUACUAUCCAAAUGUUCUUAUACAGUUCAAAGCUGUCCUGAAAUCAUGUUCACAACUGCUGAGUUCAAAAUGCUGAGAACAUGCAUGGAACACCAUUAACCAGCCAGCACAUGCCUCCAUCUGAUCAAAGGAGAAUGCAGAGAUUUCAGCCAGUGUGUUCUGCUGUGAGCUACUCCAGGGCCCAGAGCAACAACAUUCCAUCUCUCUUCCACUGCAUGAAUAAAAGAAAAUAAAUUGCU